AUGGAGGUGUGUGAGAUAAAAAUGCUGCCUGCUUUGGAGAGUGAUGGCGCAACAGUGCAUGUAAAAGUGCCAGGACCAAUUCUGACAUACCAGAAUAUUCACUACUGUAUUAGAGAAAGCCGUGGGCUGUGCUGCAAGAAAGCACCUGAGAGAGACAUCCUGAAAAAUGUCAGUGGAAUCAUGAAAACAGGACUGAAUGCAAUCAUGGGAGCAACUGGAAGCGGCAAAACAUCGCUGUUAGACGUGAUGGCUGGUCGCAAGGAUCCUCGUGGUUUGCGCUCAGGUCAAGUUCUGGUUGACAACAAGCUUGUGACCUCUGACCUCCGACUCAUGUCUGCUUAUGUAGUACAGGAUGAUGUCCUGAUGGGCACUCUGACUGUGCGGGAGAAUCUUUUAUUCUCUGGAAAUCUGCGCUUACCAAGGGAACAGUUUUCCAGUGCUGAUAAGAAAAAAAAAGUGGAGAGCAUCAUCGAGGAGCUUGGACUGGAGGACUGUGCAGACACCAAGAUUGGUACUGAGUUUAUAAGAGGUGUGUCAGGAGGAGAACGAAAGCGCUGUAGUAUAGGAAUGGAGCUCAUCACGUCUCCUACGCUUCUGUUUCUGGAUGAGCCGACCACAGGCCUGGACUCCAACACUGCCAACAGCAUCAUUGCUCUCCUGCACAGGUUGUCAAGAGGUGGUAGAACGAUAAUUUUCUCAAUCCACCAGCCACGUUAUUCAAUCUUCAGGCUCUUUGAUUACCUGACGCUGAUGCAUAAAGGAGAAACCGUUUAUGCUGGCCCUGCUGGAAAAGCCAUCGACUACUUCCAGAGUCUGGGUUAUGAGCGUGAUGCUUUCAACAACCCUGCAGAUUUCUUUCUGGACAUAACCAAUGGAGAGACGGCUACUUCAAUGCCAACAGAGAAGUCAUUGGCUGAGCUUUACAGAGAGUCUCAGUUCUGCACCGCCGUGGACGAGGAGCUGAAGUGCAUCACUGGACCAUCAGAUUCUUUAUCUGAAGCCAAGAGCAAAGCACCAUCCUAUGUCACGUCCUUUAGCUAUCAGUUAAAGGUGGUAUGUUGGAGGACAGGGCUGAAUGUUGUCAGGAAUCCUCAGACGUCAUAUGCUCAGAUUGCAAUGAACAUCCUCUUUGCUCUGCUGAUUGGACUUGUCUACUAUCAGAUGCCUUUAACUCUUCCCGAAGCCCUACAGAACAGGAUUGGCGCUUUCUUCUUUCUCAUCAUCAACAUGGUUUUUGGCAACUUGUCAGCAGUAGAGCUCUUCAUUAAUGAGCGAGCAAUUUUUGUGCAUGAAAACUCUGGAGGAUAUUACCGUACAUCUGUGUAUUUCCUCUCCAAGGUGUUCGUGGAUCUGUUACCAAAUCGCAUUGUCCCGAUUUUAAUCUUCUCCAGCAUUUCCUACUACAUGAUGGGGUUGAAUCCAGCAUUCACAUCCUUCCUGUGCUUCGCGUUGACCAUGUCUCUGGUCAGUCUAGCAGGAGUGAGUUUGGCCUUUCUGGUCAGUGCCAGCGUGAGCACUUUCGCCAUGGCCAACAUCCUCGUCGUCUUGCCUUUCGUCUUCAUGAUGGUGUUCGGAGGGUUUCUGGUGAAUCUGAACUCCAUGCUCAACUGGUUGUCCUGGCUCAAGUGGAUCAGUAUCUUCAAAUAUGGACUUGAUGCUGUGACUAUAAAUGAAAUGAAAGGGCUGGUCCUCUAUAGUGGCAAUGCUACACUGCCAGGAGAGCUGUAUCUAGAGUCUCAGGGCAUCGACUACAGUGUGUGGGGUUUCUGGCAGAAUGAGGUGGCCCUUCUGGGAAUUGUACUGGUGUGUAUGACAUUUGCAUACAUACAGUUACGCAGGAUCAACCGCUGGAAAUGA